UAUAAACACGGCGGCCGUGUUCACGCACUGCUGUCGGAAAGUGAAGUAAACCGCUUGCUUUGUUAUUAUUAAUUUUUUUAAUCCGUGAUAAAUGGAUACUAUAACAGAAAUAUAUUCCGGAUAAACAGGUAAGGAUGAUCCGCAGGUCGAGGAUCAGCGUGCGGCCCAACGUGAAGCCCGCAGGCAGAGCUGCGGCGACGUCUCGAGAAACUCCUCAGGGCAAUGAGACGCCCACUGACCUCAGUAAUGACGUGGGGGUCAAAGCUGGAGGUCAGGAGGUCGUCACAGACGUCAAAGCUGCUUCUUCUGUCCCGGCUGCGGAGACGAACAAUAACUCAGAAAACCAGAGCGGUGAUGUAACCAGCAAAUCAGAUCUCAGUGUGAACACGGCGGACGUGGCAGGCCAAAGUGCAUCCACCAGCGCUUUAUCCAGGAGAAGAAAGCGCUUUAGUGUCCUGCCCAACCUCAGCAAACCCAGAAGUACUCCAACCUCCACAAUCACCUCCUCUAAGCUCCCUAAAUCUCCUGUUAGACCUGAACCUACCCCAGAAAUACCCCCCACCUCCACCCACACCUCCUCUGAGGUUUCUGAAUCACCUGAUAAACACGAAUCAACUAGGGAAUCUGCACCAGAACCGCUUCCUGUCUCCACCAAAUCACUUCAAUCUCCUGUCCCCAAACUGCCCUCUUCAUCUAUAUCCAUCCACAGCACUUCAAGGACCUCUAGAUUUCCAAGUAAAGCUGUAAUUACCACAGAACGUACCCUUGAUAAAGCCUUAUCUACUCCAGAAUCUGCCCCAGAUCUGCCCCCUGCUCCAGUCGCACCAUCAGAUGGCAAAUCAAAACGGAGGAAACACAAAAAUGUAACUCCAACUCAGGACAAUGUAGAGACAUCAUCAAGCAGAUUGGAUGAAGUUGAGCCCCAGUCAACCAGUCAGGAUGUAGCAGAGUCAUCUUGCCCCGUUGACCCAGCGUCGGUUUCCGAGUCGCAGGACGAGCCUGUCGUCCGGCACGGAAAUGACCUCAACUCUCCAGGGAAAAGUAAGAAACCACAACAACAUGUUCCCCUGGCGCUGAGGACCCUGAACGACCCAGUGGACCGUCUCAGGUUAGCGCGGGCCAAGAAACUUCGAGAGCUUCUCAAGAAAGAGAUGUAUAAAGAAAAACAGAAGGAGAAGAACCAGAGAUCACAGACUGGAAUUAGUGAGCGUAAAAAAGCAAAAGAUCACACCAAAAUGACCAUGAGAGAGCUCAUCUACUACCUACCAUCUACUAACCCAAUGAAGUCCUACACUGAAGAUGAGCAGAGAUCUGAGACGGAGUUACCUUCUUCUCCAAAAGCAGCUUCAGCUGUCCGGUCAGCGACAGAACAGAACUCAGCGGAGGAAGAGGAGGAGCGAGGAGGAGAGGAGGAAGAACCGUCGCUGGCUCCGAGAGUGAAGGUGGCCGAGGACGGCUCUCUCAUCAUAGAUGAGGAAAGUUUAACCGUACAGGUGCAGAGGAUGAAAGGACCGAAUCCGGUGGAGGAGAGAGAUCCGAUAUUCGAGCGCGGAUCCACCACCACCUACUCCAGCUUUAGGAAAGGCACUUACACUAAACCCUGGUCCAACCGAGAGACGGACAUGUUUUUCUUGGCCAUUAGCAUGGUGGGGACAGACUUCUCCAUGAUUGGACAGCUGUUUCCUCAUCGAGCUCGAAUCGAGAUUAAGAACAAGUUUAAAAAGGAGGAAAGAGCGAACUCCUGGAGAAUAGACAAAGCGUUCAAAGAGAAACGACGCCUGGACCUUGAUUACUUCAACAAGUUGCUGGCGCAGAUCCUCAAGGAUGAGGACGAUAAACGCAAGAAAAAGAAACACGUCUCCCAAAUGGCCAAGAUUCCCCGUCAGAGACCAGGAGAGAGGAAGAGGAAGAUCUAUUCUUCAGACUCGGAGGAGGAUGAGAGCUUGAGUAGUGACGCCAUGGAGGGAGAAAAGGAGAAGGAGAAUGUGUGUAACGAUGGAGGGAGCAGCGCUACUCCUAGGAGGAAGAGAGCAGGAGUGUCACAGAAGAGAACUGAACAGGAAGCAGAGGAAGAGGCUGAGAGAAGCGCUAAUGAAGAGUCCUCACCUGUUAAUGAGUUGGACUCUGUGGAAGAGGAGACUGAGAGCUUAGGGGUGAAACCGUUACGGAGGUGGAGGAACAGAGGUCCUGUGGUGCAGAGAAAAGCUCAAGACACACACACUUCAGCCAGGGAGGAGAGCACCAGGGAGUCAGCCUCAAAUGAUUCUGAGAACGAGGAGCCUGAUCUGACCACCAUUCAGGAGAACAUCCUCAACAAGCCGACGAGGUCAGGCCGGAUCCCUAAACUCUCUCAGCACAUGAUCCAUGCGGCAGCAGAUGAAGAGGAUGAUGAGGAAGAGGAGAUGCAGCUUCCACCUCUCCCUCUUCCACCCGACCCUCGGCCUCGCGGCUCCCGGGCUACACGGGGCAGGUGGCGCGCCCCACGCAGGGGAAAAUCCAAACUGCUGACUUUGCGUGCCUCAGUUGCUGAUGAUGAGGAUGAUGACGAGGAAUAUGAUACAAAUCAGGAGGAAGGAAACGAUACCGCAAACGCGGAGGAGGAGAACCAGGCCUUUGUGCCGAUGGGGCUGCGCUCUGUGACAGCGGUCCACAGUGAGGUGGAGGAAACCAUGGAGGAGCUGGACAUCUCAGUAAACGUUCCUGAUGUCCUGGGAAUUUCCCAGAAUGCCGUAUGCCCCGAGUCGUCCUGUGAGAGGGCGCUUACCCCCAUGGGCUCUGUCCCCUGCGAGCAUCAGCUCGACCUGCUCGUCGAUGUGAUUGAGUUCCUGGCUCCGGACGACAUGGAAGUGUCUGAAGAAGCAGCGAGGACUCUCCUGACCAUCGGGCAUUCUGCUCUCCUGACCCAAACUGGAGAACCAUCCAGUACAGGUGAUGUCAUCAUUGUUGAAGAAUCAUCGAGCCAAGUGCACGAAGAAGUUCUCACGGAAACGAUGGAUCAAUCUGAAAGCAGGGUUGAAACCUGUGAACCUCCCAUCGGUACGGGAGAUGAAACUUUAGCACCAGCUCCUCCGCAGGACUCCGCCUCUAUGGUAGAGCCAGUUAGCUCUCAGGGAAGUGAAGUCCUGUCUAACGAUAUCCAACCAGAGACCUCAAAUGUCAUCGUUCCAGAACCAACGGCUUUGAAGACACAGAGGAACCGUCUGCCCAAACCCAACUUGAGCAGAGCCUCCAGAACCACUCAAAGGGAACCUGCAGAACUAGUCACCAGUUCUGCAGAAACCUUCAGCGCUCCAGUAACGUCUGCUAAAAUAGCAGCAAAAACGGCGGAGCCCCAAAUAUCAACAGUGAAAGACUUCGUUCCUGAGGCACCCUCUCAGCCGGAACCCGAGGAACUGAACUCGGAAAUUUGUGAAGAAAGAGAAAAUGGCAAAACUGAAGGAUGCGUCCCUGUUCUGUCGCUAGAGAAAAUGAUGGAGGAUGAAGUUUCGGGAAGAAGAACAUGUGUAGAGGAAGAGAGAAGAGAAGAAAUGCAGCAAACACACAGUGAGCCUAAAUCACAUUCUUCGGGUUCUGAGUGCUCUGUGAAACCCUCUCAGCCGGUCAGAAGAUGUCGAGGACCCAAACCUAACCUGGUUCGGAGCGUCAGAACCACACACACAGUCACACACAUCCAGCAAAACCAUCCAGAAGUUCCUGACGAGAAACAAGCUACUGCAAACACUUUUACUGAUGUUCAGCUGCCAGAGGAGGGCGCUAACGUCAUCCCAGAGCCCGAAAGAGAAACUACCUCAAGAAACGACCCUGUGACGGUGAUUCCUGAUGCUGGUCCGGAGGACCUUACUAAAUCUGUGUGUGAAUCUUCGACCUCGGAUGAGCCAGUGUUUAUUCUGUCCCUCACUGAGAUCCUGCCCAUUCUCACAGAAGGGGCGGGUCUUGUGACAGAUCCACUCCCACUUCCUGCAAUGUCAGGAUCGCUCUCUGAAACAAUCAGUCCUGUUGAAAAUGCCACUGCUGAUGUGGGAGGUGCAGGUCCAGCUGGAGAUCAAGUCUUCUCUCAGCUCCUCGCCGAUGCAUUGAUUCCUGUCUCAGAGGAGCGAGAGACUGAGAACGGAGAAAAUGAAACAAGCGGAGGAAAGGAGGAGGAAACCUCGAGCCGACUCGGAAGAAGAGAACAUUCUCUUUUUUCUCAGAACAAUACUGCUGCUGCUCCUCCAGGUGGACCUGAUGAACCACCUGUGGAACCAUCAACAUCAAGCUGUAAGACUGAGGAGAACAUUGAGGAGAGGGACCUUCCUGCUAAAAGGAGAAAACUUCCAGAAAGAAGCAGAAGAGCAAAACUGCAGAUCAAACCCAACCCCAUUCAGAGAAAAACCUGUCAUGGCCUUCCGUAUCCGGACGAGACGAGAUCUGCACCUGUUUCAUCAUUUGAGAUGUCGUUAGAAGAAACAGAACCACGACAGAUGUCGUCAUCAGCCAUUCUGGAUACAGAAGAUAAAGCCUCAUCAUCAGCCAUUUCGGAUGAAAACAGCAAAACUUCCACUUCUUCAAUAGAACAGAAUCUUGUAAUCUCACCUACACCUGUCAAUACAGAGACUCUGCCCUCUCAGGCUUCUUCUGCUUCUUCUUCUUCUUCUUCUUCCUCCCAAGGCAUUGUGGGAGGCAUCGACCUUUCAGGGACUGAUCCUGUAGAGCCUAGUGCCAGUGGGGCGGGUGUCGGGGCGGUCUUACAACCUGUCCAUCAAAUCACACCCCUGGCUUCGACCAGACCUCUGACGAGAUCUGGUAGGAAACCUAAAGGCUUCCUGUCCUUCAUGUCCAGUACGAGCACACAGAGACCCUCAGAGUCCACUCGGGCUCCUCAAAAACCUGCCAUCAUCACGUCCCGUACAGAGCGGAGACGGGCUGCACCGAGCACCUCUGCUCCGCUUCCACCUCCACCUCUACACGUGAGCUCACACACGAGGACCGAGACGUCGAGUGUGAACCGGAACGCAGCUGAAGAAGACGAAGAGCCCACGAGUGUUGCAGCGUACUUCUUCAACGACAUCUUCACUGUAGUGGACGAACAGGACGAGCUCGACUGAGGGACGUGGACAGGCCAGGGACGAUUCGCUGGGAAUUAGCGUGUACUUGCUGGCUUUUACUUGUGAGCAGCAUUAGCGUGUUUAGUGUGACACGGAUGAAGAGCGUCACGCUGUCAAUGAGGGACAAAAACACACUCUACACACUCGCACACACCUAUUUCCCUCUUUUAUUAACAGCGAAUUUAGGUAAAUCUGAGCAAAUAUAUGAUCAGUGCAACACAACAUCAGCGUGUAAUUUGGUGUUUGGGGGAUUUUCAUUCGUUUUACCUCAAAAUUCUACAAAGAACUGAAGUUUGUCCUCUUAUUUCAGCAGAUACUUUUUUUUGGAAGUUUCUUGCAUGUAAUCACCAUCAUUAUGACCCUGAACUCAGUUUCAUUACCCACAAUGCCGUUCAGCCCGAAUCACCUUCCGUCAUAUCGUCUAUAUAUUUUCGAAUCUCUGUACGACUUGUGGGUGUGGCCUGCUCCGCUUCUUCCAUUUUUGUGUAGCGAACGUUCCCGAAUAGGAAAUGGGAAAGUCAGGAGAGAUAGUUUCUAUGGUAACGGCUCAUUCAUGGGUACUUGCAUGGCUAUGGUGGACGCGCCGGAAAUUCCAACUUGUGAUGAUAUAAUGGCCUCCUCAGCCGUCCAAUCAGAAACUUUAAAUUCACUCUGUGCAGGUGGACAGUAUACAUUUUUAUUUCUUUCUCAUAUUUAUAUCUUUUCUUUCUUCCUCCUUCCUUCCUUCCUUCCUUCCUUCUCUCCAUCUUUCCUUACCUUCCUCCUCUUUUACAGAUAUUCAGAGAAUUACAAUAUUUUUUUAUAUUUUAGCAUCCCUGGAAUUCAGGGAUGUGGCCUAUUCUUCCAUUUUAUUUGUGUGUGUGUGUGUGUGCGUGCGGCAAAUGCUACCAAAUAGGAAAUAACCAGAGCCAGUGAUUACAACUUGGUGCUUUACUACAUGGUUAAUUAUUUAUAUUACAGCUAUCGCCAUGUUGCUUUGGGGUUUUGUUGGAAUUGUGGGUAAGUUUUCAGCACGUACACAGGAAACGAAGGUCACCUGAUGCUCUGUCACUUUUUUUGCUUUAACACAGAGAUAGCCCUCCUCAGGAACCCGCGAUGUUCUGCACUACGCUGUGCUUUCUUUUAGUUUCGUGGUUUUGCUACAAUAAUUAUUUUACCGCAGUUGCUGAACCGCCGUCAUGCUCGACACGUCUGAUAUAAAUAUUUGUCAUUAAUCAGUGAUGUACCACGUUUCCUGCUUUCUGCCUGUACAGUACAUGUUUUAAUUUACACUGUUCUAUGUGUACAGUGUUUUCAAAUAAAACUACGCGAUUGUUCCUGUUGUACACACGUUUACAAGCAUCAUUUGUGAAUUGCUGAUUAACGCCAUCUGUGAAUAUGUUAAUAAACUUUUAUGAUGUGCUUUUAUUUCA